AAAAAACACCUCCGUAGUAUGAGUAUCGUAUAAAACAAACUAAAAGUAGCAUUGUUCUCGCACCUCCCCUUUGAAGCGACUGCUCACUAGCCCUUGUUCAUUCUUGCCUAGUCCCUCCCCUGUGAAGCGACUGCUCACUAGCCCUUCUUCAUUCUUGCCUAGUAUCCGGAUUCCGAAGGAAGGGCCUUGGAGUCGCUGCCGAUUGGGAGAUGGCCUGUCAGAGACGGGAUGUGGAUUACUCAAGUCCCGCGUCCUUCGCGAUGUAUCCUAUGCAGCUAAAGAAAAUCGAAAAUGGCGGAAUCUACGGACGAUGCUUCGACAAAGGGUACUUGGAACUAUUACUACUAAAUAGUACAAGUUAAAGUUUAUUAUUGUACGGCUAUAGUAUAGUACAAGUUCAAGUAUAAGUGUACGGCUAUAGUAUAGUACAAGUUCAAGUAUUAUUGUACUUGUACAAUACUAGAGUGCAAGUUGUAAUUGUAGUAGAGUACAACAGUGCGUCUGGAUCCUCCGAGUACUAGGAUGACCCUCUCCCGAGAUGAAAUUUUAGAAAAACAACCUACUGGAAGUUAUUUUAGUUCAUCCCACAUCUCAUUCUCAGGUUCGUGGCCAUGAUCAGUUUGCAUCCAGUUUUGGAGCUUUAUUGCAAGACAGGCUUCCCUGCGUAUCGAGCAACGCACGAGCAGACGCACCGCAACUACAAAUAUGGGGGAUGGAUCAGUAUAGUUCCUGAACAAGAGAGUGUUGUGUGCUUGUCGUUUUUCGGAUUUUUAUAAAAUCGUAGAUAUAGUGUUUGUGCUUGAUUUUUAAAUCAUUUCUCUGCUUGAUUACUAAACCACAAAGAAAAGGAAAACCAUAGUUCAUACGUGAAUCACAACAUCAACCAUCCUCCAGCUUGCGACACGUUGAUGGUUCCGUCUGAUGCCGUCAAGCUCUUCAGUCUGGAAGAGGCGAUAAGCCGAGGUCGGUACAACCCAGUGACGUCCACUGAGUGGGUCGGAUGCUCGUGUCCCGCACAAGAGUAUAUGUGGGCGUACAAAGCCUCACGACGCGUCGUGGACGACACAGAACUACUAUCGAUCGAAAUCAAAUGCGCGCCAGGUUUCUAGUGGUAGGACAUUUGCAAGUCUUCAGGGAAAUGUUAAAGUUUAAGCUUUUAUUACCUAGUCAGUAAUGAGGAGUAAUGGUAACGAAGUAGGAGUUUCGAACACGCCAGUAGUACUGAAUCAAUUCGAAGAAUGCUUUUGGCAAACUAAAAAAAGUGUCAUAUUCAUGUAAGGUUCCAGGAAAGUAUCCUUCCUUUGAAGUACUUAUAAUAAGUAAUAACGCAGUUCUACGCUGAUGCAUUAUACUGCAAUUUUGCCAAUGCUGAGAAUCAAUGAACAAGUAACUUUUUGUGCUAUUGUGUCGCAGAAGGAACUAGAACUGACUCAGUCGCAAGACUGAAGAUUCUCUCCUGACAAAAUUCGCGUGAUCUAAAUUUUUGCAUGAACAAGCAGAU